UGUCAAAUCUUGUUGACAAACAUUAGUAAAAGUAGGUGCAGUUUAAACAUUUUCGAAGAAAAUUUGCAAAAUAUCAUUCAAUUAAAGCUAUUAUUGAAGCUAAUUUUCUCCAUCAAUGACUCGCCACGCCCGGAACUGUACCGCUGGGGCGGUUUACACCUACCACGAGAAGAAAAAGGACGCUGCCUCGUCGGGCUUCGGAACAUCGUCCCGUCGCUUGGGGAAAGAUUCGGUCAAGAGCUUCGACUGCUGCUCGCUAACGCUGCAGCCGUGCCACAAUCCGGUCAUCACUAAGGACGGCUACCUGUUCGACAAGGAAGCCAUUCUGACCUACAUCAUCACCAAGAAGAAGGAACACACCCGCAAGAUGAAGGAGUACGAACGCCAGCUGAAGCAGGACGAGGUGGAACAGAACGAGAAGCUCAACGCAGAGAACAAGAAAAAACUGGACAAAUUCAUCUCCACCGAAAAGAACAUCAUCAGCACCAAGGUGCCCAAUCCGGCCGAUGAAAUCCCUAGCACCAGCGGUGCCAUCUCGAACGUGUCGCUCGGAAAGCGCAAGGAACUGCCCAGCUUCUGGGUUCCGUCGCAGACUCCGGCAGCCAAGAUUACCAGGAUCGAGAAACCGGAUGGGAAAAUUUACUGCCCAAUCUCGAACAAGCCGCUCAAGGCGAAGGAUCUGAUUGACGUGAAGUUUACGCUGGUCAAGGAUGCCUCCGACAAGAAAUCACUGAUUGCCAAGGAGAAUCGGUAUAUGUGUGCCGUGACGCAUGACAUUCUGAACAACUCGGUUCCGUGUGCGGUGCUGAAGACGACCGGGGACGUUGUCACGAUGGAGUGCGUAGAGAAGCUCAUCAAAAAGGACAUGAUUCAUCCGCUGAGUAAUGAGAAAUUGGAGGAAUCUGACAUUAUUCCAUUGGAACGGGGAGGUACUGGAUUUGCUAUUACAAAUGACAACCUACAGGCUAAGGAAGAACGUCCAGCUCUGCAAUGUUAAAAUGCAAUACAAUUUUAUACUUUUAUUCUACUCUCAACCUGAAAUAUAUAUUAAUGUAUGUCAAGUAGA